CAAAUCAAAUUUCGCUUGUUUCGCCCAUUUUAAAAUUUUAUAAUUGCUCUUAUGGUAAUGCAGACCUCUAAUGGUAAUGUAAGUCACCUAUUUCGAUUAACUUAUUUUGAUUCACAGCCGCGAGUGGCGCUUAUAGGAGCUAGCGAAAUUUUAUCGAACAUAAUUGUAAUAAAUCUCAUUUGAAACGGACGUAAGUUAAUGUUAAUUCAACGAUUACAUAUUCCGUUAAUCAUAUAUUGAUUAAAUAACAGCUUUUGAUUAAUUAAAAACAAGAAAACAAUUCAAAAAGACAUUUUCGAUUAGUUAAUUAUUACUAUCAAGUUAAGUAGAUCUGUUUAUUUUCAGUUGUUUUUUUCCUUAACCCUUAAAAUGAACAAGAGGGAUAAUAAAAGGAAAAAAAGUAAAGAAAUCGCCAAUAAAAGUACAUCUAAGCUUGUUUUAACUAAUGAUUCAUGUUCUGAUUCUGAGGAAACUAGUGAUAUUGAAACUCCUUUGUACAAACGUAUGACUAAAAAAUGUCGUAUCAUAUCCUCUUCAUUAGAAUCAAUAGUGAGUACAGUAGCUGUACCAGAACUAGAACAAUCAAAAUGUGAAAAUGAAUUUUCCUGGACACAGAAAGCUUUCAAUCCUAUAAUUCAUAAAUUUAAUAACAAUAACAGUGGAGUUAAAGCAAGUAUAAACAGGAAAUCAUCAAUUCUCGAUAUUUUUGAAAUUUUCAUUUCGGAAGAGCUUAUAGGAUUCAUUGUUGAACGGAGUAAUAAAUAUAAUGAAAAUCUCACAAGAAGCAAUGCACAUAAUUUUGCGGCAACUACAGUUCCCGAAAUAUAUAAUUUUUUGGCCGUUACUAUGCUAAUGUCACGAGUACGUAAAGUAUCUUUAUCAGAAUAUUGGAGUAAGGACAAGCUGAUAAGAACAGAAUCAUUUGGUGAAAUAAUGGCAAGGGAUAGAUAUAUAUUUUUAUUGAAGAUCCUGAAUUUUUGUUAUAAUAACAGUGAAAAUGAUGAUCCAAUCAGGAAAAUACGUCCAAUCCUUGAAAAAUUAAGAACAUCCUUCAAAGCAGCAUUUUAUCCGUUUGAAAAGCUUUGCAUAGAUGAAAGUUUAUUAUUAUUCAAAGGAAGAUGUUAUUUUAAACAAUAUAUACCGUCAAAAAGAAGCAGAUUUGGGAUCAAAUCCUUCGUUCUAUGUGAUUGCCAAACAGGCUUUGUUCAAGAUUUGAUUGUAUAUUGCGGGGCCAACAUGGUAAUAUGUGAAGAUGUACCGUCAACAUCGAUAGGAAAAUCUGGCCAGGUUGUAAUGACGCUUUUAGAACCGUAUCUUGGAAAGGGUCAUACACUCGUAACAGAUAAUUGGUACAGCAGUCCGAGUUUGUUCUUACUGUUACAUAAAAACAUAACUAACGCGUAUGGAACAGUAAGAAAAAACAGAUUGGGAAAAAAUAGGUCGGAAUUAAAUAAAAAGAUAAAGAAAGGAGAAUACAUAUUUCGUUCAGCAAAGAAUGUAUUAGCGUUGAAAUGGAUGGACAAAAGGGAAGUGUGGAUGAUUUCCACCUAUCAUCGUCCCAUUAUGAUUAAGACCGACAAGAUAAAUUACGUAACGAAAGAAAAAAUAAUAAAACCGCAAUGCAUAUUUGAUUACAAUAAAACAAUGGGAACGGUCGACAAAGUUGAUCAAGUUUUACACACUUUAAAUUCUACCAGAAAAAGCUUAAAAUGGUAUAAGAAAUUUUUUUUUCAUUUAUUCGACAUAGCUGUAUAUAACACAUUCAUAUUAUAUAACUAUAUAACUGGAAGAAAUUUAACGUUUCAUAAAUUUCAUUUAAAAUUAAUAAAACAAAUAUUAAGAAAAUACUUAGGUGAAACGAAUGGAUAUAAAUUAAGAGGUAGAGAUACUAACAAUGAGCCUUUUCGUUUGACGCAAAAGCAUUUUCCGUCUCCAUAUGAAAGCAAUACAGCAAUUCGAAAAAGUGCAAGGCGUAAAUGUGUAGUGUGUGCAAAAAAUGAUAAGAGAAAGGAUACACAUUACGAAUGUAAAAAAUGUAAUGUAGGAUUGUGCAUACAUCCAUGUUUUGAAAAAUAUCAUACAUUAUUAUAUUAUUAAAUUUUAUUAUUAAACAUUGUUAUUAAAAAAAAUAAAAUAUUGUUAUUUAAAAAAACCU